AUGAUUGAAUCUAUAGCACAAAUUAAAAAGGGAAAAUCAGCGGACCACGACAAAAUAACACCAGAGAUGCUGAAAAAUCUCGAUCCAAGAGGCUUAUUGAAAUUGCAUAUGAACGAAAAACUAAUAACUAUAGUAGAAAACACACUAGCUGAAUCUCAAAGUGUCUUUAGAAAAGGCAGAAGCAUCCAAGAUCACGUAUUUACUAUAAAGCAGGUUGUAGAAAAAAACAGAAUAAAAAACCAAGAACUAUACAAGGCUUUUCUAGAUCUUGAAAAAGCGUUUGACCGAGUGUCACAAAAAGAAAUUUGGAGAAGCAUUGAACAAUUCUGGGGUAGAAUUGUGGGAGAUUUAAACAUGUUGGGUCUCUCGAAAUGGACAGGGGCGACGGGGUUUGUAGAAGGGUUGCACUGGGAACGCAAUGGUAUGGAUUGA